AUGGCUCAUCUCCAAGCAUCAAACCUAUUCUCUGUCAAGGACCGGGUGGUCGUGAUCACCGGAGGCGGCAGUGGCCUCGGGCGCAUCAUGGCCAAAGCCCUAGACGCCAACCAAGUCUCCAAGAUCUUCAUCCUCGGCCGCCGCGAAGAUGCCCUCCGAGAAACCAUCUCCCAAACCACGAAUAGCACCGUGAUCCCAAUCACCUGCGACAUCACCUCGAAAGACUCCCUCGAGGCAGCCUACAAAGCCGUUGCCGCCCAAACUACCCAUGUCGACCUCCUCAUCGCCAACAGCGGCACGAUGGGCGAAUACAUGAAGCCUCCUGCCCCCGCCGCAGACGGCACCCCGCCAUCUCUGUCGCAGAUCCGCGACGAGCUCUGGAACAUCCCCAUGGAGGAGUUCAACAAUGUGAUGAACGUUAAUGUCACGGGAUCGUACUACACGGUCCUGGCAUUCCUGCCGCUGCUAGAGGCGGCGAAUAAGCGACGACCGGCGCCGCAGCAGGAUGUUCUCGCCGCGCCGACGGCGCAGGUGAUUAUCACCAGCUCGAUUGCUGGGUUUAUUCGGCAGGUGCCGUUUAGCUUUGCGUAUAAUGCUUCCAAGGCGGCUACGACGCAUUUGAUCAAGAUGCUUGCUACUACGUUUGCGCAUUAUGAUAUUCGGGUAAAUGGCAUCGCGCCGGGUCUCUACUACUCCGAUAUGGCGAACCAAAUCUUUGAGAAGAACGGGAUCACCGGUCGGGCUAUUUCUGAUGGCUCGAUCCCGCGUGGGAUUACUCCUGCUACUCGUGGUGGUGGUGAGGAGGAUAUGGCUGGCUUGAUUGUUUGGUUGGCUAGUAAUUCCGGUGGCUACAUCAAUGGUAGCAUCGUGAUUACAGAUGGUGGUCGGCUUUCUGUCGUGCCUGCUGCGGCUUGA